CCUAACUAAACCCAAUCUAAAGCAAAACGAAGCCCUCUCUCUCUCUCUCUCUCUCUCUCUCUCUUUCAUCUCGUCUCAUCUCAUGUCAUCCCUCUGUGGAGGAGGAAGAAGAAGCAAGAGCUAUGGUUUUGGGAAAACCAUAGCAAAUCUCUUCUCCUUCUCCCAACUAAAAACACCUUCAUUCCGCUACUGCCGCUCCCACUUCACCUCGAUGCUUAGAACGGUCAAGCUCAAGCUCCGCCACCUUUGCCCGCAGCGCCGGUGGCCCACUCGACGGCGGGCCAAGUCCCGGGUGGUCAUUCGGAGGUUCGGCCGGUCAAAGAUGAAGGAUGAAUCAGCUGCCGCCGCCGCCGGUGGUGAGGCCUCGAUAAGAGUCCACAGCCUGCCAAAUGCGCAAGAAGCCGGUAGGCCGGUUCGGAUCGCCACCUUCAAUGCUGCCAUGUUUUCGAUGGCUCCUGCCGUCCCGGAGGUCCAAAGAUCUUCGAACGUCGACCCUGUGGAGCUCGACAUCCGGUGCAAAACAGCAAAUGAUCGGCCAAAGAGCAUAUUAAAGCAGCAGAGUUUUGCAAGGUCUAAUUUAAGAGUUUCUAUCAAUCUCCCUGACAAUGAAAUCUCGGCGAAGCGAAGCAAGCAGAUGAAUUCUACUAAAGAAGGCUAUGACAGUACGAGAGCGGAUUGGAAAGGGAAAGCUCCUGUGUCUUAUAGCUUUAGCCUUUCAGCCCCCCUCAGGGGCGAGAGGGGGAGGGAGAGCUUCAGGGGCAGUAGGAGUGUUUUGGAUGUCUUGAGAGAGGUUGGUGCUGAUAUAAUUGGGCUGCAGAAUGUGAAGGCGGAGGAGGAGAAGGGGAUGAAGCCCUUAUCGGACUUGGCGGCCGGGCUGGGGAUGAACUAUGUGUUUGCUGAGAGUUGGGCGCCGGAGUAUGGGAAUGCGAUCCUCUCGAAAUGGCCUAUAAAACAUUGGAGAGUUCAGAAAAUCUUUGACGACACUGACUUCAGAAAUGUGUUGAAGGCCACGAUCGAGGUCCCCAACGCAGGAGAAGUAAACUUCCAUUGCACGCAUCUCGACCAUCUCGACGAAAAUUGGAGAAUGAAGCAAAUGAACUCCAUACUUAGAUUCAGUGAUGGACCGCAUAUACUAGCCGGAGGAUUGAAUGCUCUUGAAGAAACAGACUAUUCUGCUGAAAGAUGGGCUGAUAUUGUCAAGUAUAAUGAAGAGAUUGGGAAACCAACACCAAAAGUUGAGGUGAUGAAAUUCUUGAAGGAGAAACACUACUUGGAUGCCAAGAACUUUGCAGGGGAAUGUGAAGCUGUUGUCGUAGUCGCAAAAGGGCAAGAUGUGCAAGGGACAUGCAAGUAUGGGACAAGGGUUGAUUACAUACUAGCCUCACCAAAUUCACCAUAUAAGUUUGUGCCUGGAUCUUAUGGAGUUCUCUCUUCGAAAGGGACUUCAGAUCAUCACAUUGUAAAGGUAGACAUCAUGAUAGCUAAUAUUAAGGAAAAUGAUAGCAGAUGUCGCCACCCGAAACAAAGAGUUAUCAAGAUAGAUAAGUUCUCAUCUAAAGGGAUAUGGGGAACUAAUUUUUGACUGCACUAUUUUUUCCUCUUUCUUCUUUUCUUAUAUAGUUUGUGAGAAAUUCUUUUUCCCUUUCUUUGUUCAUGAUUUUGCUAUGAUCUUGUCUAUAUCUCUGAUGCUUGAUAUACUGGCCUGAAGCUAGAAUUGUAUAAUCCAAGGCAGGGAACUAUAUCUUUUUCCUUCACAAUAGGAUGCUGCCACGGUUACUUCGUA